UGCCUGUACAUAACAAAAGGCCUUCACUGACAUAUAUAAAGCCUUAUACUGUAAUAAUCAGCUUUACAGCGUUUGAAAAACUACUAAUACUGUAUAACAACAUAUUUUAAGAUACAAAUGUGUUGUGAUCAUACAUAUACUGUAAUGUGUAUGACAUAUUUCAUCAGUGGAGAGGAGGAUUUGGGAGGAAACGGCUUCAAUCAGGAACUGGAGGAAAUUAUCAGAGCUGUUCUGGGAAACCUGGACAGCCUGCAACCGUUCUCAAGUACCCACUUCAGUGUCUUCCCUUAUAAGAAGAACUGGGAUGGAGUGUCUAAAGUGAUGUGCCAACAUUAUGAGAAGAAUUUAAAACGCUAUCCGUUUACUCUUAUCCUCUACCUGGAGAAAAACAUGCAGAAUGGAAAUCACCCAGAGGAGAAGUUGAGCCCAGUGAAAAAGGUUGCACAGCAGAUCCCCUCUGUUUCUGAGCCGCAGUCAAAGCGCUGUAAAAGAAAUUCACCACUAGAGGAGGCCCUACUAAAGGACUUAAUCAGUGACAUGGAGACUGAAAGCAAGGUCUCUGUGGUCAGGCUGCACAUGGACAAUCCACAUGCAUGGGAGGGGGUCAAGGAAGAUCCGAAACAUGCUGACAAGAAAGGGACCAAGGGAUCUGACGAACAGAGAUCAGGUGUCAAUACGGUCAGAGGAAGUGGGACUCCAGGUGAAGUGCAUCCUGGGACAAAUCAAGACAUGGGAGACGAGGAGGAUGAGGAGGAGGAGGAGGAGGAGGAGGAGGAUGAAGAGGAGGAGGGCAAUGAGCAUGAAGAAGAUGCAGACCCUGGGACACCUGCGAAGUCAGGGAUCCUGACUCGACUGGCCAGCCACAUCUUCCCCUUCUCCUUGUUCUUCAGAGACCCCUGAGAGCCGUGGCACACAGACAUGAGGUGUUACUGGUUCCAUUAAUGGAAACUUACUGGGGUUUGUUCUGCACUGAGGAACAAAAAAGGCUUUCACAGAUCUGUUUUCACCAUUGAUCUUUUAUAUUAAUGUUGUGAGUGUUGUUCUCACUCUGAGAUUUCUCCUCUUGUUCUCUUAUCAUACUACAUAUUUGAUGUAUUCUAUUGCCACAGAGUUGGAGGGUCUAUUUUUUUAUG